AUGGGGAUUGGAUUUUUGCUGUUCUUUGCCGAUGGAUUCCGCGGGACGGUUCAAACGAAGCGGGCCAACACCAUGCUGGUAGACUCUUUGCCAGACAGUCUGGAAUAUCUCUGCAUCAGGGGAUACCAGAAAUGGGUAUACAAGUUUCGGGAUGAGCAGGAGAUCGAAGGAGUCGAUGAGAUGAUCCCAAAUGCUGAGAUUCUCGAAAAUCCUGAUAAAGACGAGCAUUUAUUGUGGUCGCUGGAGGAUAUUGGCUACGAAGAGGACUAG